AUGGCUCCAAAGUUGAGAAAGAUCCUCAAAGAGUUUAUCAAUGAGGUCUAUAAGGUACUUGCUAUCAUAGGAGUGACUCCGGGAGAGAAGGCGGAAUUGGCCACUUAUAAAUUGAAAGGUGUUGCUCAAGUGUGGUUAUUUCCCUUUGAGAUGAGGGAAACAAAAGUGGUUGAGUUCAUCAACAUUCGUCAAGGAAGUAUAAGUGUGAGUUAUCACUCGAGUAUUAAUAUGGCUUCAUUUGAGGCUCUUUAUGGCAGGAGGUGUAGGUCUCCUAUAAGAUGGUUUGAGAUGGGUGAAGUUGCUCUCAUAGGUCCCGAAUUGGUACAUGAGGCCAUAGAGAAUAUUCGGCUUAUUAAGGAGAGGUUGAGAAUGGCUCAAAGUCGACAAAAGUCUUAUGUCGAUGUUAGAAAAAGGGAUCUUGAGUUUGAUGUUCAUGAGUGGGAGCUUGAUUUGCCAAAUGAGUUGGCAUCGGUGCAUCCGUUUUGCCAUGUCUCCAUGUUGAAGAAAUGUGUUGGUGAUCCAAAAUCCAUGGUUUCCUUAGAGGGUUUGGAAGUUAAAGAGAAUCUUUCUUAUGAAGAGGUUCCGGUUGAGAUUUUAGAUCGGCAAGUCACAAAGUUGAGAAACAAGGAAGUUGUUUCCGUAAAGGUGUUAUAG